AUGGCAUCGUCUCUGUGUCGACGAUCGUCUUCGAUGGGGUACGACGACGAUCACGGGAGUGUCUGGGGGAGUGCCAGUAUCGCGAGCGAUGGAGAAGGAGGAAUGCUCCGCGGAAAACGAAUGAAUAACAAGUCGACUCCCAUUGCUUGGAGUCGUCUCCAGAGCACUGCGACCUGGAAUGUGUUUGGAAGAAGCCACCACAACAAUCACAAAGGCCACCAAAAGAAUAAGAAAAAGACGAGAAAUUUGGACCAGAGACGGUCUCUCAGUAUGAAGGGAAGUCUGGAACUCACCAAUACUAAUGGGGAGAGCGAUGACAUUAAUCCGUAUCGCAUGCUGCAGAUUCGCAAGGAUGCGACACAAGCGGAAAUCAAGACCGCCUAUCGCCGUCAUGCUCUUUGGUACCAUCCUAGCCGAUGUACGCAAUCUGCUACUGUGCUAGAACAAGAACGACGGACACGAGUCUUUACCAUUCUCGCCGCAUGCUGUGAGACGCUAUUGGAACGGGAAAGCCGCGCCCGAUUGGAUCUAAUCUUGUCGAAAGGACCCCGUAGCAGUGUGGCGACGACUGCUACUACGAAUACAUGUAGUACGCAGUCCAGUGCACCACGACCGGCAUUUCGAAACAGCAACAGCAGUACUGACAUUCCACUGUUGGAGCUGUCACUCUCCUACUCGACCGAUUCUCAAGAUGACGACGACAACGAUGUCGCCACUGGCUGGUGUCGGUAUGAGUGGCCCUGUGGCAAUAAUAAUAAUAAUGGCCGUGACAACGGCUGUCACUCCACCACCAAUCAACAACAGCAGCAGCAGCAACACAGCCACAAAUCUCGUAGACGGUCGUCUUCCAUCAGCAGCAGCCGGAGAAGAAGCGAUACAUUUCACAGUGUCAAUAGUCGAUACGUCCGAUCCAUGAGUUCCGGCAGUACCACCGAAGAUGAUCACAUUCACUACACACAAACCGAAACAGACCGACUCUUUGGAGGACCCCUCUCUCUCAUGUACCGGGCUCGCAUGUUCCGUCCCUUCUCCGAUCCCUACACCGUCUUUGAUCGAGUCUUUGGAAGUGCCGUCUUUCCAUCAUCCAAAGAGGGCGCCACCACUUCGCCCCUUUACCGAAAUGCGAAUUCGAGCAAUCUACAACAAUCCCGAUCCGCCGCAUGGACGGGAACCUGUGACACGCUGCCCGACGGAUCCACCGUUUACACCACCAGUCGCAUCUUGCACGGUCGAAAACUUGUCAAACGAGAAACCAUUUCCCUAGAUAAAGUCACGGGCAAAAAGAAAUCCACCAUUACCGUCACGUCGGAGGAGUUGCCGCCACUCGACCAUGAAAACAAAAAGCAACAAAAAGACAAUCAUCAGCAAAAGGAUUCUCAAGAUUCACCGAAAAAGGGAUCAUCUUUCCUCGACAAUUGCAUCUGCUAUUUGGACUGCUGCAGUCCCCUGGAUCUCUUGGCUGCGUGCGACUUUGCAACCGAAGACUACUACUCCUUUGGAACAUUUGUCAAUGGCCCGCAUGAAAACAGGGGGGAAUCCAAACAAAUGGACCCCAGUAGUCCCAAUAUUGAAGUCUAUUACAAAGAAGGCUGCGUUAGCCGCCAUGGAAGGAGAGUCACCCAAUAUGGUAUCGCAGCUGUGUUGCGCAAGGAGUAUGAGCACAAGAUUGCCAAACUGGAGGCAAGUCUGGAAAAAGCUCGUUCCAGUUCCAGUUCCAGUUCCAGUUCCAGUUCCAGUUCCAGUUCCAGUUCCAGUUCCAGUUCCAGUUCCAGUUCCAGUUCCAGUUCCAGUUCCAGUUUGUCUGAUGAGAAAGAACGCCAAUACCAAGCGACAUUACGAAAAGCAUCCAAAGACAUGAAAGCAUAUCGAUCUGAAAUCAACACCUUGCAGUCACAGCUUGCGGAUGCAAGCCAAUCAGCCGACAGUUCCACAUCAGCUGUUGAGCACCAGAAGACCUACUUUGACAAUGAAGCUCUGAAGACCAAGCUUGGAAAGGGUGUCCUGGAUGCUGUUGUUGCACUUUGCGAUCAAGACGUUUCGCUGAAGGCCCAAUUCCAAAGCCAGCAAGCUCAGCAUUGCGACAAAGAAAAGCUUCGUGCCACUCUUUCAAGAUCACUUUCACGAAACGUGACCGAUGAUGAGAUUGCCCCAUGCAUCGAAUCGGUUUUGAAGAAGCACACAAAACUGCUCCAACAGGAGGAGAGUCUAAAGUUGAGAGUCAAAGAGUUGACGGUUUCAUUGGCCUCCAAUGAAAACGAGCUGGAAGAGGCCAAGCAAAAGUUGAGGCCAAGCAAAAGUCGAUUGAAUCUGAGGUAG